GUCUGGACUUGAACGCACCACCGCCCACCUCCCUUCGUCUCAAACUAGCUCCUCUGACGUCAAGAAAGUGGAGCACUAAAAGGCUGUGUCACUAAUGCACACGUGAAAUUCUGCGGCCACUCUCGGUAACGAAACCAAGGCCAGGGAAAAGACACUUUGAGCCAGGACGACGAGGCGACGCCGGGUUAUAGGGGGUUCGCAGCUCGCUGCAGGGUUGUUCUUCCAGUGCAAAGACGGCUCCGGACGACAGCGUGAAGGCAUGGCUGACCUGCUGAAGCUCCUGCUGCGAGUGUCCGAGAAAGCCGCCAACGUCGCUCGCGUCUGCCGGCAGGAGGCUCCUCUCUUUGCGCUCCUGGUCCAGGAGAAGACCGGAGACGAUAAGAAUAAGAAGUUUAUGCAAGACUUCAAGACGCUGGCGGACGUCGUGAUCCAGGAGGUGAUCCGGCAUGACGUCGGUGCUCAGUUCCCUGAGAUGGUGGACUUCAUUCAUGGGGAAGAAUCCAACAAGUUUGAAAACGGACUUGGUGAGAGCGUGACUGUGACCGUACGCGCCACUGAGCAGGAGACCGCCACUCUUCUGGCCACGGUGCUGGACGGUGACCUGACGGCGGCGGCGCUCCUGGCACGAGCCAUCCACCAAGACCCGGCCACUGUUGACGCCAGCACGGACGGACUGGCGGUGCCGCUCAGCCCCUCCCAGUUUGGCAUCUGGAUUGACCCGAUAGAUGCCACCAGCCAGUACAUCGAGGGCCGCGAGGAGGUCCUGGAGGAGGGCCGUCUGUCACCUUCAGGGCUGCACUGUGCCCUGGUCCUCAUCGGGGUCUACCUGCGCAGCACAGGUGCCCCCGUCAUGGGUGUCAUCAACCAGCCGUUCAACCGCAAAGACCCGACAAGUGGAAGCUGGCAGGGCAAGAUCUUUUGGGGCGUGGCCUGCGGCGAUGUCAAGGUGUGCUCCGUGCCCCGCCCCCGAGCUUCGCCGACAGGUCGAGGGCCGCCGUCCGUGGUGCUGAGUUCCAGCGAGAAGCAGGCGGCCAAGGAGAGUCUGGCCUCACUGUGUGGCCCCCAGAGGCUGAUGUACGCCUCCGGGGCCGGCUACAAGAUCCUGUGCGUCAUUCAGGGCCUGGCCGAUGCCUACGUCCUGUCAGAGGGGAGCACCUUCAAGUGGGACUCCUGCGCCCCUCACGCGCUGCUGCGGGCCCUCGGAGGAGGCGUGGUGGACCUGGCCAGAACUUUGGAGUCCGGUCCUGAGGCCCAGGCAGAACUGACCUAUCACCAGCCUCGCAGUCAGGCCAAAGGGGCGGACCGCUGGGCCAACUCUGGAGGUCUGGUGGCCUACCAGGACUCUUCUCAGCUCAGGAGCAUCAUUGGGGCCCUCAGAGGGAAAUUGUAGACACUUUUUUAAUUAUAUACAAACUAUGUAAGAAAGUAGAUAUUAAAUAUAUACAAACUAUGUAAGAAAGUAGAUAUUAAAUACUGUAUAUACAAACUAUGUAAGAAAGUAGAUAUUAAAUAUAUACAAACUGUAAGAAAAUAGAUAUUAAAUAUAUACAAACUAUGUAUGAAAGUAGAUAUUAAAUAUAUACAAACUAUGUAAGAAAGUAGAUAUUAAAUAUAUACAAACUAUGUAAGAAUGUAGAUAUUAAAUAUAUACAAACUACGGUAUGUAAGAAAAUAGAUAUUAAAUAUAUACAAACUAUGUAAGAAAGUAGAUAUUAAAUAUAUACAAACUAUGUAAGAAAGUAGUAUAUAUUUAAUAUCUACUUUCUUACAUAGAUAUUUAAUAUAUACAAACUAUGUAAGAAAGUAGAUAUUAAAUAUAUACAAACUAUGUAAGAAAGUAGAUAUUUAAUAUAUACAAACUAUGUAAGAAAGUAGGUAUUGAAUGUAUAAAAACUGUAAGAAAGUAGAUAUUACAUAUAUAUAAACUAUAUAAGAAAGUUGAUAUUGAAUAAAUACAAACUCUACGAAAGUAGAUUUUAAAUAUACUAAAACUAUGUAAGAAAGUAGAUAUUAAAUAUGUAAAAACUAUGUCAGAAAGUAAAUAUUAAAUAUAUAAAAACUAUGUAAGAAAGUAGAUAAUAAAUAUACAAAAACUAUGUAAGAAAGUAGAUAAUAAAUAUACAAAAACUAUGUAAGAAAGUAGAUAAUAAAUAUAUAAACUAUGUAAGAAAUUAGAUAAUAAAUACAAACUCUAAGAAAGUAGAUUUUAAAUAUACUAAAACUAUGUAAGAAAGUAGAUAUUAAAUAUGUAAAAACUAUGUAAGAAAGUAUAUAGUAAAUAUAUAAAAACGAUGUAAGAAAGUAGAUAAUAAAUAUAUAAAAACGAUGUAAGGAAGUUUUAUAUAUUUAAUAAUUACUAUGUAAGAAAGUAAUACAAAGUGAAAUAAAAGAGCAAACAGGUGAAAUAUAACAAGAAAAAGUUUCAAUGUUGACUAAUAACACGAAGCUGACAUGUAGCUUUAUUUCAUAAAAUAAUAAUGAAUCAAAAUCAAUGUUAUGAAUUAUUGACGCUUAAAGCUCCAAUUUUCACUUUGAAAUAUUUUUGAAGAAAAUAUUGCAUAUUUUGUGUGUUGGCCAUAUGAAAAAGUUUUGACAAAAAGGGCAUACAACGAAAACAACACAAAAAAAUACUAAAAACUUAUAAUUUAAAACUUAUAAGUGGACCUAGAGAUUUAAGUAUUGAAAGGGAAAAAAAUGUGUGACUUAUUUUUAACACUUUUAUGAUAAUGAUUUUAGUGGAUCCUUUUAUUUAGUGGAUCCCGCUCAUAGAGUGUUAAAGUGUAUCUUUUUAUUUUGAAAACUGUCAUAAUAAUGAAUCAAAAUCAAUGUUAUGAAUUAUUGACCUAUUUAAGGCUCCAAUUAUUUCACAUCCAAUAUUCCACUUUGAAAUCAUUUUUGAGGAAAAUAUUGCAUAUUUUGUGUGUUUUCCAUACAACAUCAAAGUUUUAUUUGACAAAAAGUGCAUAAAACAAACAAACAUUGGGGGGAAAUUAAAACUCAUAUUCAACAAAUAGACCUGAAGUUGAAAGAUUUAAGAAUUGAAAUUGGGAAAAAAAUUAUGACUUAUUUUUAGCACUUUUAUAAGUACAUUCCCCAAAAUUUUUGUGGAUUUUAAUUUGUUUUAAUUUUUAUUGCUCAACAAAUAAUAAUGAAUCAAAAUCAAUGUUGUUAUGAAUUAUUGACAUAUUUAAGACUCCAAUUAUUUCACAUCCAAUAUUUGGCUUUGAACAUUUUUUUAGGGGAAAUAUUGCAUAUUUAAUGUUUUUCCCGUAUAAAAAACUAAAUUUCAGUGACCAAAAUAGCAAAAAAAAUAAUACACUUGUUUGUAAACUUUUUUAAUAUAUUUUUUUUAAAGACAAAGCUUUGUGUCAACAUUUUGCCUUUUUUCUCAUUGUGUUUUUUGCCGUUUUCCCAAUUUUUAAUGGUGUUUUUUUUUCUCUAAAGUGCAGAGGGCCAAUGACCAUCUAGUCACGGGCCACAGGUGGCCCCUGUGCCGCACUUUGGGUACACCUACUGUAGAAGCUAACUGUGUCUGGCCAUUAUAGUCUUAGUACCAUAGUAUAUUUGUUGUGGUCACAUAUGGGAUGCGAGUCACAUGGCUGUCUGACGUCAUCACCGGAAGUAGUCAAAUCACCAGGCGGGUGUUUCCUGUGUGACAAAAGAGGAAAUCAACAAGGAAGUCCUUCUUUUUCUGCCGCCAUGUUUUGUCAUCCAUUACUGCCUUUGCACAUGUCAAUGUUUACUUUUGUACGCACAAUAAAUCAACACAAAAUCCCUACUCGGGCAUG